UCAACGGCCACACUAAUCUAAAUAUAAAAAUAGUUCUAUGUGCAAAAAAAAAAUCUAAAAUUGGUUAAAUAUAACGAGUUUUAGACAAUUAAAUAAACAUUCUGCUAAGCAAAAGGUGCGCGUUCGACUACCCAUUCCCAACAAUGUCCAAGUCCAGCGCAGCACGUUGGGUGAAGUUCUUCAAUGCCGCUGGUAUACCAUCGCCAGCGGCUGCCAAUUAUGCACACAUGUUCGUGGAGAACCGGAUCCAGGAGGACAUGCUUCUGGACCUGAAUAAGGAGUACUUGCGUGAAAUGGGGAUCACGUUGAUGGGUGAUAUAAUAGCCAUACUGCGGCAUUCGAAGAGUGUAUACGAGCAGAAUGCCCGUGAUUUGGUUCUCACCGAUCCACUACCACUGGCCUGUGUGACUCCCUCCCCCGUUGUCAAGUCGGUGGCUGCUACAGUGUCGACUGGGUCAAAGUCGAAGGCGUCGCCACCCAGAAAGCCGGCGAGACGGGUCCUGCCCGAGCAUGAGGGGAAGUAUAAGGUUACACUGCCCUCAGGCACCACCGAGCGCAGCAAACAGAUUCUGGCCAAGCGGGAGAAAUUGUAUUCAGAUCGCGUGAGCAGCUCGAAGAAGUCGGACAUCUUUUCACGCCUGCACAAGCCGGCCGUAAGCGACGAUGAGGCCCAGGAAGGCAUUGUGUCCAGCUCGGGCGAAAGCAGCGUCCGAGUGCACAUCACAGGAAUAAAAAAAACAGCAGAUACCUGCAGCAACAGUUCGGUCUUUGCGCGCCUCGGCGGAAAGCACACAUUUGAUUCAGCCCAGGCCUCGGGAACGUUGACCAGGGAAAUCAAAUCGAUUUUGAAGAACACACAACGCACCGUCGGAGCAGGAGGAGUGAUUAGGAAUUCGCCCAUAGUCAAGGCGAAGAAAAUUGCUUCGACUGCUGUGCAGCAGCCGCAGCAGAAGGUGAUGCUCGUCCACAAGGUGCCACUGAAGAAGUGUGACGACAGUGAGGACGACAGCAUGGAUAGUGGCGAUAACGAUGUUCAAGAGGCAUACGAUUCCAGCGAUGGGAGUGAUGUCGAGAUGACAGGUGGUGAAAAGAUUGUAAAAUUCGCCUCGACUGCGGAGGUUAGGGAAAUCGCCCCACAGUCUGCUUACAAAGCACGGCACGGCAAAAACCUGGCCAACAAUAUCAAAUCGCGUUUAGGAAUGGUGUCCAAGCUUCAUGCCACAAAGAAGACGUACAAUCUGAAGGCGUCACCCUCGAAGAAACCACAGGCUCGCAUCAGUCCCGUCAAGGGCAAGACCAUACGCAUGCGCAGCGAUGAGCUGAUGACCCGCCAGGAAACAGUGUCGGUGCACAAGAGAUUAGGCAGUGGCCCUCCCCCAGUCCCUGCCAAAAUGGCUCCUCCUCCGCCCACUUACCGUCAGCCGCGACCAGAGCCGCAGAAGUACGUGCCCCCACGUCGUCACAACAGCAUGAAUGCGGGCCGCAACAAGCCACGCGGCGCCUCUAGCUCUUCUGUCUUUGAUCGCUUGGGCUUCAAUAACUCUAUGUAAAACUUUGUAUGUCCGCCGACGAAAUGUGUAAGUGUGUAAGCCUUUAGUUAACCAGUAAAAGUUUAAAAAGAAAUAUUCAUUUGUUCAUCAUAUAAAAAAACAUAAUUAGCCAAAACAUUAGUAUUGUUUGGUAACUGGAUCGGACUCCCCAAAAGGAGCUAUAAAGUCUGGUUAGGAAUUGUUCUCUUUCCGUUGUUCAGACCUUCUGUCGCUGCUGAUUUGCCCUUCCAAAACAAAAACAAACAACAUCAUUAAGUUACGAUAUACAAUUUAUUAGUUAUGUUAAAUAUAUGUAGCUGUUAUAUACAA